UUCUUCGAUUAUAUCGAGAUCUUCUAAGGUAUGGAAGACAGUUACAGUUCACUGACAAGAACUACUUUGCCCGUAGAAUAAGAGAGGAAUUUAAACAAGCAAAGAACACUGAAAAAGUAGAAGACAUCAAUUUUUAUUUCCAAAGAGGACUUGCACUGUUGAAAAAUAAACGAGUAGUAUAAUAAAAUAAACUGUUGGAACAACUUGAAAGAAAUGUCUAUGUUCACUCGCAUUGGUUUUGGACAGCAACCAACAAUUAUUUUGCAGUUGUCCUUAUCAAAAAUAAAUGUUUUGUCAGAAUAUAUUAAUGUAAGUGUACGUAAUAAAUGCACACUGGACUACUCCAGAGUUCCAGUACUAAAAGAGGAAGAACUAGAUGAGCACUUCAUUAAAGGCAGUGGACCUGGAGGUCAGGCAGUCAACAAGACCAACAACUGUGUGAUGCUUGUUCACAAGCCGACAGGUGUUGUGGUAAAAUGUCACCAGUCCCGGAUGCAAGAAGAGAACAGAAAGCUUGCAAGGAAGGUUCUAAUCAGAAAGCUGGAUGAUCUGCUGAAUGGUGAAUUAAGUGUUGAAGCACAACAAAGAGCCAUUCAAAUUAAAAAGAGCAAGAAGAAAAAUCUCCGCCAAAAGAAGUUAGCAGAAUUGAAGGCAGAGUGGAUGGACAGAGAAAGACUUGUGUGACUGUUUGAUUUGAAUUUCUCUGUAUGAUCUGAAGCUUUCAUGGCAAUAAAGUAAAAUUAAUUCUUCUCGGGCUACCAGCCCGAGAAUAAUUUAUUGUA